ACCGGGCCUCAGUCUCGUUAAUACUGGCGUUCAAGUUUCGAAAGUCCUUUAAAGUCCCAGACUCUCGAAAUAAUUAAGAGCGCGAAGUGCGAAACAGAAGCAAGGCGAAGACAGAGCGGUGACGAACACUGCCUUAUUCACUCUAACUAAUUUUGGGGUAUUUCCAUCAGAAGGAUUGUUUUUCAUUACAUCAUAAGAUAAAUAAAGUCGUUAUGGAGCCAGUUUCAGACUGGCGUUGAUACUUUAGUUUACUUUCGGUCCGUAAGAAUUCAUAGCCAUUAUCACAUGGUUUAGAAAACGAAAAUGAAGCACAGAGGUCCGCGAUGAAGGAAGUUUCGUUGGACUGCUGAGCCUGUUUAUCACGAACAAUUUAUCUCAGUAUCUUCUUCGUAAUUGUCCUAUCUGUUGUAUUUCUAGAAAAUUCAACAACAUAACUCCGAAGGACACUCAUACACCCUGGCUAUGAACCAGUUCGGUGAUCUGACAGUCGAUGAAUAUCGUUUCUUCUUCCUGGGACUUCGUUCUCACUUUUCCGACGAAACAGAACAACAAGGGUCGCAUUUUCUUCCUCCCAGUGGAGUAAGUCUGCCUGAUACUGUUGACUGGAGAACCAAGGGAUACGUCACUCCUGUGAAGGAUCAGGGCCAGUGCGGUUCUUGCUGGGCUUUCAGCACAACUGGAUCACUGGAAGGACAGCACUUCAAGAGAACAGGACAACUCGUCUCCCUCAGCGAACAGAAUCUGGUCGACUGCUCCACAAGUUAUGGCAAUCAUGGCUGCCAGGGAGGACUUAUGGAUAAUGCCUUCAGGUACAUCAAAGCUAAUGGCGGAAUCGACACUGAAACUAGUUACCCGUAUGAGGCGAGAAAAGACAACUGCCGAUAUAAUCCAAACAACGUUGGAGCUACAGUUACGGGAUACGUCGACGUCCCUCAAGGAAGCGAAGAAGCCCUUCAGUCCGCCACCGCGACGGUAGGCCCAAUCUCUGUCGCCAUUGACGCCAGUCAUACGUCGUUUCAGUUCUAUCACAGUGGAGUCUACAAUGAGCAGUCGUGCAGCAGCACAAAACUUGAUCAUGGCGUUUUGGUCGUCGGCUAUGGAACUUAUCAAGGCCAGGACUACUGGCUGGUCAAGAACUCCUGGGGGACUGGCUGGGGAAUGCAAGGUUACGUCAUGAUGUCAAGAAACAGGAACAACCAGUGUGGAAUCGCCACCAGCGCCAGCUAUCCGCUUGUCUGAUCCAAACUGAAUCAAAUAAUCACUCUUUGGAUCGGAAGAAUAGUAACACUUCUAUUUAAGAGGAUUAAAAUUUAUCGUUCAAGAAGGCCUUUGAAAGUUUUCUUGAAAAAAACAUGUUAAUCUACUGUGUUGAUACGUAGUAUACUGAGCAUUUAAAGUGGAAAACUUUGUAACACGAAAUAAACUGUUUGUAAAGCAUUUGCUACAAAAUAUGUGUGGUGAUCAAUGGCUGUAGUCCAGACGAAGAGGGACACUCGUGUACAAAAAGUGACGGGGUGAAGUGAAGCAGUUUUGGCGAUUUUAGUAAUGUGUCAUGAUUUUGUUUGGCAUUUUGGGCGGAGUGGUAAGUCUCACGAAAUUAUGACAGCAACGUGGAUUGGUUUUUAAAACCAAAACGCUUGAUACUUGGAUUAAGGAUUACGUGGUUAGAUUUAAUGCCUUAAGUUUCGUCGUCAGUUUUUUUAUGUAAUUUGGUCUUCAGAUACGCCCCUGCAAAACUUUAAUUGCGUAUUUUCUCUCUCAAACGUCAUUAUGUCAAUUCCUAUUAAAUUCAUGUCCCGGGCAGUACGAAUGCCUAAAAUCCAUAUCGUCUCUUGACUCUAUUUCCGCCACUCCAAUCAAGCCUUUAUGACUAACUAGCAAGUCCUUUUGGAUUGCAUUGCCCACCCCGUCUCCCAAAAGUCCUCCACUCCUCUCCUACACCCUCACAGAGUCCACAUAACCCGAGGUUACGUCUCGAAGUUCUCAAAGUUAACCACCUUUAACCGAGAUCAAAAAAUAAUUGAAUUAUCAAUAACUACGGUCGAACCUUCACUAACGGCCUUCUGUCAACUAUCUGUCAUCAGGCAGAUAUUGACCAAUCAGGCACUCCGUUGCUGGGCUGACGGAGGGUUUGAAAAAGCUAAAAAGAGUCUGCAGACGGUUUUUGCUCGUCUCGCCUUCUUCCCUACUCGGCCAUACCGCCCUUGUCCCGCCUUCUUCCCCACUCGGCCACCGCCAUACUCCCCUUAGUUCGCGGUGACUAAACACUCGUCCUAGUGACCCUUAGAGAAAGAAACCGGCUGCCAGCAGACUAUUCUACAACGACAACUUAUUUUGGUCCCCGCGGACAGCCAUACAUUUACUCAAGUUAUUUGAACUGCUCUACAACGGCCGGCCAGCUCUCCACAACGGCAACGGCCACUAAAACACAGCCAGUAAAUCAACGACUGACAAACGGUUUACACAAAACCCCAUUUAUAUUUUAUUGUAAAAUAUCACCAAAUUUAAUCCCUAUCACGCGUUGCGUAUUUAAAUGCUAAAAUAGGCGUUUUAUAAACUGAAAAAAUGUCGCACCCGGAAAAUACAGAUGUCAUAUUACACUCCUAGAUCCAGAACCAUAAUGCCACUGCCCGCUUACUGUAAUAAAGGGUGUCUACUUUUAAGCGUGUUAAAAUACAGGUAUGACUGCAUUUACAGCCUUACUAUACUUUUCUUGCGAUCAUCAAAUCGAUUAGGAAAAAAUUAUUUGCACAUCAUGACGUAACAUGCCAACACACGUAGUGCGAACCAUGAUCGAGUGUCGAGAGGUAUUAAAAAAAUUUAUAGAGGCAUUUUUAGUAUACAGUCAAACCUAUAUUAAGCGGAGCCCAUAUUAAGCGGACACCCUCUAUUAAGCAGACAGCAGUGCAAGUCCCAUUUUUCUUCGCCCACAUUCGCUGUAAAAAAUACCCGUAUUCAACGGACACCCUUAUCAAGCGGACGCAGCCACCUUAAACUUGACUUUCAUGGACAUUUCUAUUGUUAGAAACCUGUAUCCAAUGGACACUGCAAAAAGAAUGCAUGGUUUUUAAACUCGUAGAUACGGCCCGGACGAGAGCGCCCGAGUCCGACGCCAAAUAGUAACCGAGCCGGAUGCCCUAUUGCAAUAGUAACCGAGCCCGAUGCUAUAUUAGAAUAGUAACCGAGCCUGAAGCCAUGUUGGAAUAGUAACCGUGCAGUCAGCGCUAGGUUUGCAGCCCAAAUUGAUGAUUUUGUAGCUUCUACACGACCAUUAGGUGUUUCGCUAGAUUGAAGUGGAGUUCGAAUGUUCGAAUUAGUACUAUGGCCAACUUGAAGACUGAAUUUCGUAAGCCUUUGACUUGUCCAGGCGUGAAACACGACCAGGAGAUGAGCAUUAGUUUGCUGGAAAGUGACCUGUCAUGCUGAUGUGGUAAGCUUUGAUGAGAAUGUGUCUUAUUCGUCGACCUUAAUGAACUUAUACUAGAAGUAAUCAUAGAUUAUGAGUACGUUCGUGUAAAGGUGUUUAGGCAAGGUUAACAUUCUGGUCUAUUGGAAAGGUGUAGAGGUACAUGCAAAGCUAAUGAAUUUGAGCAGGCCAUAGGAACAAAUAUGUUGUGUAGCACAUUUGCAUAUGUUUACUUUAGAAAAGGGUACUGUUAGAUUAGCUUAGCUCUGGUUCGUGCAUGACUUGCAGUAACAAAUUUUCCGGACAUAUGACGAAAAAUCGUUGCUAAAUUCCGAGCUACAUAACUGGCAUGGUUAGAUUUGCGACCAG